AUGAUCCGAGCAGCCAAGAUUCAGAGAAAGACAAAAGAAACAGAUAUCGAUCUAGAGUUGAAACUAGAUGUACCAAUAGGAACCAAACAAGAUAUCCAAAUCUCCACCGGUAUAGGAUUUCUAGACCAUGUUAAUGCUCUCAUUAAGCAUUCCGGAAUGUCUUUGACUUUGAAAUGUCAAGGUGAUCUUCAUAUUGAUGAUCAUCAUACAGCUGAGGAUGUAGCUAUUGCACUCGGACAAGCUUUUCAUCAAGCUUUAUUCGGCAAAGAUGGUGAAGGUUUAAGAGGUAUCAAAAGGUUUGGUACCGGUUUCGCACCUCUAGAUGAGGCACUAGCUAGAGCAGUGGUUGAUAUUUCGAAUCGACCUUCUUGUUGUACUGACUUGAAACUUAAAAGGGAAAAGAUUGGAGACCUUUCAUGUGAAAUGAUUCCUCAUGUGUUUUAUUCAUUUGCAAUGGGAGCUUUGAUUACGGUUCAUGUGGAUGUACUCAAAGGUGAUAAUGAUCAUCAUAAGGCCGAGGCUAGUUUUAAGGCCUUUGCUUUGGCUCUCAAGGAGGCUAUCACGAGGACUGGUUCUAAUGAGAUUCCUAGUACAAAAGGAACUCUCAGCGUUUGA